UCUACACCAUUCGAGACGCGCAACACAUCUGGGCUCAACAUGGCUGUACUGGGCUUGUCGAUAUCUCAACUAAUCUUAUACUUCUGUGGAUACCUUAUCUUCAGCCUCCUCCGCGCUGUUUACUACGCUUUCUUGCAUCCCCUAGCUAAGAUCCCUGGACCGAAGCUGCGUGCAGCGUUCUACUUUCCUCAUUUCUGGGAGAUAUACACUGGCGACGUCGUCUUUAAUUGGCAUGCACUGCAUGAAAAGUACGGAGACAUCGUGCGCAUAUCUCCGACUUGGGUUUCGGUGAUCAAGCCAGAAGCAUGGCGAGACAUCUACGGCCAUAGCAUAAAGACGCCAAUCCCAAAAGAUCCGGAUAUCUACUUCAAAGAUCAAAAUGGCGUGGCGGAUAUCGUUUCAUCAAAUGACGCCGACCACACUCGUAUCCGGCGUCUACUAAACUACGCAUUCUCCGACCAAGCCCUCCGGAGCCAGGAAGACAUUAUCAACUCGUACAUCACCGUCCUUAUCGACAAGCUCCACGAGAAGGCCAACUCGAACACUCCGGUCGAUAUCAUGAGAUGGCUUAACUUCACUACUUUCGACAUCUUCGGCGACCUCUGCUUCGGAGAAUCUUUCGGCGCCCUCGAAACCGAGCAGUACAACGCAUGGGUCGCGAAUCUCUUCAAAGGGCUGAAGAUUGCACGCAUGUUCCGGGUCUUCAGAGCGUAUCCAAUCGUGGGAGUGCCAUUGUUCAGCUUGCUCAAGGUCUUUCCGGCGCUGGCGAAGGCAAAGCAUCGGCAUGAGAUGUUUACGGCGGAGAGAACGGAGAAGAGAAUGAAUGCGAAGACUAGUCGGAAGGACUUCAUGAGCUACAUUCUCAAGCACAACGACGAGAAAGGGAUGACGCGAGCCGAGAUCAUGGGUACGAUGGGCAUCAUGAUCAUUGCGGGCAGCGAAACAUCCGCCACGUUGCUCAGCGGCGCCGUCUACUACCUCCUGAAAAAUCGCGAGUGGCUAGCGAAAGUUCAAGAAGAGCUGAGAACCACAUUCAACAAAGAGUCAGAGAUGACCUUCGCAUCCCUUAGCCAGCUCAAGAUCAUUAACGCGGUUAUCAUGGAGACCUUUCGCAUGUACCCUCCCGCACCAACAACGCUACCCCGGUUGACGACCGAGGAGGGAGCCAUGGUAUGCGGGACUUUCAUUCCUCCGAAGUGCAGUGUUGGUAUAGCACAGUAUCCGGCCUACAGAUCUUCUCGGAACUUCAACAACCCUGACACAUAUGCGCCUCAACGUUUCCUAGACGAUCCGGAGUACAAAGACGACAAGCGCUCUAUUAUCCAGCCGUUUUCGGUUGGGCCGCGGAACUGCAUCGGCCAGAAUCUGGCGUGGUCGGAGAUCCGGACUAUACUCGCGAGACUGAUCUGGAAUUUCGACAUGGAACUUUUGGAUGAGUGUAAGGGCUGGGAGGAUCAGAAGGUCUUUAUCUUGUGGGAUAAGCCAUCAAUCAUGGUUCGACUGAAGCCUAGGACCAGCAUACUGUAG